AUGUCGGAUUAUAGUGAUCAAGAAAACACCAUGGUGGGGAUCGAGCCCGACCCGGGCAGUCCCCAUAGAGAUGACCCUAAAAAGGCUUUGGUGCGAGAGGUUAUCCUCAAAACUUCUGAUAUUCUCGGCACAAGGGAUCGAUCUUCGUCGUCAUAUCCUUCUCUUCACGAGCCCGCCUCCAAGUGCUGGGACGAUUUAUGGGACGCUUGCAGAGCCUUGUUAAUGUAUGAAGGUGACAUUGCGGGAAACGAACGCUCCGAAAAACAAUAUCAGUCACUGCUUGCGAAGAUCAAGACUGGGGAGCUUCAGGCAAAGCAUGCAGCGGAGAUCGAGCAUUUAUCACGGGACCUCUCUGCAAAAGACGAGUCGCUGAAAACGCUCGAGCGAAACAUUGAGGCCUCAAAAUCUCAGCUACUUGCAAAGGACCAACGACUUUCUCGAGUACAUAGUGCCCUGAAAGCAAAGAACGACCGUCUAAGUGAGAUGGAAGACAGUCCCAAGUCCACAGUUUUCCAACUCAAGGAUGAGCUUGCAUCGAAAGAGAAGACGAUCAACGGCCUAAAAGACCAGCAAAAAACGUUGACUACGCAAUACAGGCUGAAGGUACAAGACAAUGGAAAGCUACAUGCCAUGGUCGCAAAAAGUGCGCAAGAGAUUGAUCCUUAUGAUGACCAGCACAUCACCAAACAAUUUACGGCACUGGAAUGGCACAUAGGACAUUUGGUGAGGAAACACUUUCCAGCAACUCGGACCAAGACAAGCUGGAAGGAAUACGACAACGUACGGAAAGCAGAUGAUCGUGAUUACUUCUUGCAAGCACAUAUUGCAACCGUUUUAGCACAGAUGUUCUUCAGUCACGAUGCACGGCUUUUCGGCCUCGAUGGGAAGUUAGAAGAGCAUCAAGCCGAUUUUGAGAGCCUGCUGCAAGAGCAUAAGGUCUCGCCGCCGGAGAUCGUGAAGUGGAGGAUCCAGACCGUUAAAGUCUCGGGGCUGAUAGCGAGCGAGCAUGGCGACUUCCGAGUGGUUCAAAUUCCUGAAAAGCUCAAAGAAAAUCUCAAGCACGUCUACAAAUGCCUUCCGGAGCCGAAAAGAUGGGAGAGCGCCAAAAGCGCCCUUCUUGCGCUGUGUACAUCCGCUUCCAAUCUGGCACUUUCCCUCAGACGUUGCAGGGUAGAGUACGAAUGGCUCCAGGUAGCACUUCCACUCCCUGAAGGCGACUUUGACCGCAUCGAAGACUACAACGUUGGAGUCAAAGGGCGGACAAAUGAGAUUGUAGCGAUAUUCUUCGGCCCGGUGUACAAGCAAGUGGAAGGUGUGCCAGUGAAGCUGCGGAAUGGCACAGUGCUUUGUGGUUAG